UCUUGGGUCACGAAUAAUAACCGAUUCAACUUAGUGCGAUGACACUUGAAGACUACUACUGUGAGCUGGAAUGUCUAGUUAAGAGAUAGUGCGUUUAAAUGCCCCGCACAAAGAUGGCGGUGGGGGGCGGAGUAAGUGUUGGCAGCGCGCUUCAAUCCAGUGAUUCUGAAGUGCCUCAAAGGAUCAUCAUGGCAGUAAACGUGCAGUCACAUACGAUUUUGCUAGUUCAGCCCACCAAAAGGCCAGAAGGGCGAACGUACGCUGAUUAUGAGUCUGUAAAUGAAUGUAUGGAAGGUGUCUGUAAGAUGUAUGAAGAGCAUUUGAAGCGUAUGAACCCAAACAGCCCAUCAAUCACCUAUGACAUUAGCCAGCUUUUUGAUUUCAUCGACGAUUUGGCUGAUCUCAGUUGCCUCGUUUAUCGAGCAGACACCCAGACGUACCAGCCCUACAACAAGGACUGGAUCAAGGAGAAGAUCUACGUCCUGCUGCGUAGACAGGCACAGCAAGCAGGGAAAUAGGUGGAGUCCCUACUCUGGUGUAGGGAGGUCACAUAGCAGGCACAUAUAGAAUACACUUCCCAAGUCUUUGUGUUCAAGCAGAGCUGCGAGUCCUCACUUCAUCAGAGAUUAGAAGUUUGGGCAGUAAUGUGAUCAGUGAAUAAUAAAGGUAUUUAGUACUGAUUUGUAAUAGGUGUCAAUGCUAGACAGUGGUUUUAAGUGCAGUUUUGAAUUCCUCAUCUGUGUGCAAUGCAAGCAUGGUGUGGUCCCACACUCUGCACAGUGGAUCCCUGGAAGAUUUGGUUUGGGUGCCUCGUUUCAGAAUGUACUUUUACUGUGUUUCUAGUUCAUAGUGUUGUAAAGCACAAUACAUACCCAAGGCACAUAUCUCUUUCUGUCUCACUCUCCCUCUCUCAAUUGGCUUUCUAGAACGAGUCUGUUCCAAAUACUCUUUUGCACUGUGACCUUUUUGGAAAAGUGCGUGAAAUAACUUUGUUGAAGAGUUCUGUACACUGCAGUUUAAUUUAUGCAAUUUUUGUAAUUUUUUGACAAGCAAUAAAAUUUCACACGAUA